AUGGAGAAGAAACUAUUUAAAAGAAAUAAGGAAAGCCAGAGCACUAGUUGGAAAAGGUCGUCGUCUUAUUACACUCACAUAGGCAGCAGUGAAGGAUUCGUAAAAGUUGGAUGGAUGGUGUUUGAAUCGAAGAAAAAUGGGGAUUAUCAUCAAGAAAUGGAUGCCACAGUAUUCGAAGAAUGGUUUAAAAACAUACUUGUAAAACUUCCGCAGAGAUCCGUAAUAGUAAUGGAUAACACAAGUUACCACAGUAGACGAGUCGAGAAGCUGGCGAGGUCGUGUUGGAAGAAAGCAGAUAUUACUGAGUGGUUACAAAUGAAAGCUAUUCCUUUCGAAUCGCCUAUGUUAAAAGCGAAGCUCCUCAACUUGGCUAAACGUCAUAAGUCAAAAUUCGUCAGGUAUGUCACCGAUGAAAUGGCGAAGACUAAAGGAAUGUCGGUUCUUCGAUCUGGAUGA